AUGCGCAGCGCGGUUGGCGCGGCCCAGCCCAGGUGUCCUGCCGCGUGCGGGCUCCACGGGUUGAGAGGCGAUGGAAGGCAGGGUGGGCAUUUCGAGCGGGGGGCUCCGCUGCAGGGGUGGCGCGCGGUGAGAGUGGCGCGCCACCAGAGGCUCGGCUGGCGACGAGAGCGCUCCGGCCGCGGAGGUGCAAGGGUGGGUUCGUGGCUCGGGGGAGCUGAUGUGUUCAGGGUCUUCAAUGGCGGGCGGGCCCGGUCAUCGUCACCGGAGAGGUCGGCACCGCAACAGAACGACGGCGCGGGAGGCCGCCAGCAGGCCCUGCCGGCCGUUGCACACACCCUCGGCGAGCUCGAUCAAGUGCAGCACCCGCGCAAGGCGAAGGCACAGCCCCCGAAGAAGAAGGCAGCGCGGCGGGUGCCGAACCUCAUUCCGUACCUGGCGCCCGUGGCGCGAGGCGAGCUGCGGCACCUCCGCUUCCUGUCGUCGCUGUCGUCGCUGACGUACCGCAUGGAGCGCCUCACGCCCGCGUUCCUGGACCAGGUGCACAACCUCAAGCUGGUCACCACCUCGCGCGCCUGCUCCCUCCCGGUGGCCGCACCCUUCGAGCCCCCCGGCGAGGUGUUCGCGUACGGCGACGCGAUGGCGACGUUCGCCUCCGUGGACGGCGGGCUGGUCGACGUGGCCAGCAGCCUGCCGCCCCCGCUGUCCGCCGAGGGGUUCGGCGCCGACAACGAGCUGCCCCCCGGGGGCGAGGAGCGCGCGGUCGCGCGCGGCGCCGCGGAGCGCGAGGAGGAGGAGGCACGGGAGCGCGUCCGGCGCGCGAUGCUUCGGCUGGGCACCGAUGAGCAGCAGGACCUGACGGUGGAGGAGACCCUCGCGCGGCGGCUGGGCGACGCGGCGGCGGCGGCGUCCGACCGCGGCGAGGAGAACUUCCUCACGCGCGCGGCGGGCAACUGGGCCAUCGCGAGCACCCUCGGGAGCGUGCUGGACGCAGUCAUGACCUCGCUGCCGGGGCUGGGCCACGGGCGGCAGCAGCGGCAGCAGCGGCAGGACUGCGGCCCGGCGGCGAUCGUGAUGGGCCCGUCCGCGCGCGCGCUGGAGCCCAUCCCGACGGAGUGGUUCGUGUGCGACGACGACGUGUCGCGCACGCGCUACGUGGUGAUCCAGGGCAGCGACAACGUGGACUCGUGGAUCACCAACCUCACGUUCGAGCCGGUGCCCUUCGAGGACCCGAAGCUCGAGGUGACCAUCCACAAGGGCGUGUACCAGGUCGCGCAGUCGCUGUAUGAGCGCAUCGUGCCGCUGGUGCACGACCACCUGUCGUCGUCGCCCUACGCGCGCGUGUGCUUCGUCGGACACUCGCUCGGCGGCGCGCUGUCGUCCGCGCUCAUGAUGAUGGCCAUCCACCGCGGCGUGGCCAAGCCCGAGCAGCUCGAGCCCGUCUACACGUUCGGCGGCGCUGCGGCGUUUUGCGACACGCGCCUCGACCGCGGCGGCGACGCGCCCGGACCCGUGGCGCCCGAGGACGCGGCGCGCGGCCACAACUGCCCGUUCCUCGCGCGGUUCGGCCUCCCGCCGUCGAUGGUCAAGAACGUGGUGAUGCACCGCGACGCCGUCCCGCGCGCCUUCUUCUGCGACUACUCGCCAGUGCGCGACAUCAUGCUCAGCUGGGGCGGGCCGUACGCGAAGCACCCGCUGCUCGCGAAGCCCAGUCGGCGGUCAGGCAAGCCGGUUAUGUUCACGUUCCCCGGGCAGAUCAUGAUCCUGCAGCCCGCAGCGCACCUGCACUUCGUCGCCGAAGAGGAGGGCGAGCACGAGCUGCUGCCGCGCGGCGGCGGGCUCUGGACGAUCGUCGAGCCCGACUCCGCCGCCGGCAAGCGCGCGGCGCGGCAGCGGGCGAUGGGGCUCAUCGACCGCGCCAUGGCGGGCCCUUCGGCCAAGCACGCGAAGAGCAGGCCGCACCCGCGGAACGGCGACCUCCCCCUGAGCGAGUACGCGACGGCGGUCGGCGGCGAUGGGGCGUCGAUGAUGGACCUGAUUCCCGUGCGGGGUGCGCUGGCCACGAACGUUCCGCCGGAGGUAGCGGAGGUGACUGUGGACCUCGACGACGAGGAGGUCGAGGAGUACGACCCCGGGAGCGCGUGGGAGGCGGCGCUUGCGGCCAUGGACAGUCCCCACCCUCUGAUCGACAUCCUGGCCAGCAGCCGCGCGUACGGGGACAACGGGUCGAUCAGCCGCUACCACAACCCGGACAGCUACACGCGGGCGCUGCGGUGCGCGUACUACAUGCGGAAGGGCAGCAUGGCGGGCUGCACACACGUUGAGGGGGACAUGCCCGCGCCAACGGCCUCACGGCGAGCACAGGCGGAGACCCGCAGCCGCGCGCAGUGA